AUGGCUAUGAAUAAAGAGAUCCUUAUGAAAUUUAUAAAGGAGUCUAAAUGGUUAAGAUGGGUUAUCAUUUUGCUUAUCGCAAGAAUUCCGAAACCAUUCAUAUUAUCUGGGUUUCUUGGAUUGAAUCCAACUAUCAAAAGUCUUCUAUUGAACAAUAAGGAACUUAGAUCCAAACAUAUUGGUAAUGAUUCAACGACGGUGGAAAGACGUCUUGGUAAGAUUUCAAAUCUAAUUAGUUGUAUUUUCCUUUAUUUUGCAACUUCAACAAGUAGAUUAAUUCCUCAAGAUUAUGCUGCUAUAUUCUUAUUGAUUAAAUAUCAUGGAGAAUUGAAUCCUCCAAGUUGUCUGAAUAUUCAUAUUUCUCCAAAGUAUUCCAAAUAUUUAAAGAUAGAAACAUAUAAACAAUAUCCUACUUUAACUAAAUUAUAUGAAAAUAAAGAAUUUAUAAUAUUCCCAGCUAUUUUUGCUCAGAUUUUAAGUAAUUAUUUAACCCCUACAAGAUUCAAGUUGAAUAAACGAUAUUUAUCAUCAUCGAUAAAGAAAUAUAUACUUAAUCCCAUCUGGCUUAAUUUUUCCUUGGGAAUCAAUUAUUCUCGACUUAAUUGGGUAAAAUUGAUAAGGACUUAUGCAUUGCAAAAUUUCAUACUUAUGGGUGUUGUUGGAGUAUAUACUUUUAAAACAAGGGUUCUAGAUAAGUUGUACGAGAUCAAAUAUGAAGUAGCCACAGAAUCAGAGAUUGCAAUCAUUAAGAAUUAUUUGAUGUUUAUUAUAAAUAAAGCAAAUUCAAUUAUGAAUUUCAUUUAUCUUCCAAAUAUGCUUUCAAUAUUGUUAAUUGUUUUAACAUCACCAAUCUUCAGAGUACUUACUCCAACUACAAAUGCUCCUAGAACCAAAUUGCAGCAACUUUAUCUGGACAAUUAUAAGUUAUUUUUCAAGACCUAUACAAAGAUAAUUGGGUUUAAAGCGGGAUUCAUUACACUUUACUUGAAUUCAAUUAAUAUUAUACCUGCUAUUGGAUAUGAUAGGGAACCAAAUGAACCAAGUGAAUCAAGAAACAUUAGAUACAUUGACAAAACAUUCCUAAAUGAACUCAAUUUAUAUUUGUUCAGAUUAAUCUUAUUGGCCAAAUGGAGAAUUGUAAAGAUGAAUCAUCCAAAGUUCAAACUUGUUAAAUUGAGAACCUGGAGAAAAGCAGAAACAGUUUUAAUGUGCUGGGGGAUGUUUAAGAUUAUGAAUUUACAUGAUUAUUUGAAGAGACACAAAGAAAGUGAUACUGAAAGUUACGCAAGACUUAAAAAUGAAUCAACAUUAAGAGUGGUAGAUUAUAUCAUGUAA